AUAGCCCAACCUCUAACUGCCACUAGUCUUCUAUACUCUUCUGCUGAGCCAUUUAUACCCCUCUCUCUCUCUUGCUUCGCUCCUCAGCCCUCCGAAACCUUCUCUCUUCUCUCGCAGCAAACAUGGUGCAACAGCAGCACAAAAUCUACAUCUUGCAGUUCAGGAAGGGCGAGCCGGAGCAGGAGGUGUCAUGCAAGGUGUCUCCGCCCAAGGGCGGGGGUCGCCGCGUCAUGUACUACUACCAGGACUACGGCGGCGGUGGCAAGAACGGCAAGCCGGUGCAGUCCAGGGCGUUCAGCCUGAGGCGCUUCUUGGCUAUGCUCCUGCUCUCCUUACUCUGCGUCGGCACGAUGUUCGUGGCGCCCGUGUCCUUCCUCUCCUUCGUGCACAGCGACGACGGAGGGGCGGCGGCGGCUGCGGCUGCGGCUGCAGCCACGGCCACGGCCACGCGGACCGGGCCGGCUGGGCCGUGCUCGGCCGUGGGCAACGAUAGCCUCUGCUGCGACCGCACGUCCGAGCGCGCGGAUAUCUGCUUCGCGAGGGGGGACUUGCGCAUGCACUCGGCGAGCUCGUCGUUCUUGCUUGUGUCCGGCAACUCGACGGCCGAGGAGGAGAGGAUACGGCCGUACACGCGCAAGUGGGAGGCCAACGUCAUGGCGACCAUUGACGAGGUGCGCCUGCGCCGCGUGUCCCCAGGCGACGCCGCGCGGUGCGACGUGCGGCACGACGUGCCGGCCGUGCUGUUCUCCACCGGCGGGUACACGGGCAACGUGUACCACGAGUUCAACGACGGCAUCCUGCCGCUGUUCGUCACGGCACACCACCUCCGGCGCCGCGUGGUGUUCGUGAUCCUCGAGUACCACGACUGGUGGAUCACCAAGUACGGCGACAUCGUGUCCCGUCUCUCGGCGUUGCCGCCGAUCGACUUCACCGCCGACCGCCGCGUCCACUGCUUCCCCGAGGUGAUCGCCGGCCUCCGCAUCCACGGCGAGCUGACCGUGGACCCCGCGAAGACUCCCGAGGGAAAGAGCAUCGGCGACUUCCGCAGGCUCCUCGACGACGCCUACCGCGGUCGCAUCCAGUUCCUCGAGCGCCUCGAGCGCCGGACCGCUCGCAAGCGCCACCGACGUGGCACUGUCCCCCGCGCGCAGCUCGCGCCCCCGAGGCACGCCGCUCAUCAGGACAAGCCGAGGCUGGUGAUCGUGUCGAGGACCGGAUCCCGCGUGAUCGAAAACGAGGCGGACGUGGCCGCGAUGGCCGCGGACAUGGGCUUCGACGUGAACGUGAUCCGCCCCGAGCGCACCACCGAGCUGUGCAAGAUAUACCGCGAGCUUAACGCCAGCGACGCCAUGGUGGGCGUGCACGGCGCGGCCAUGACGCACUUCCUCUUCAUGCGCCCCGGCAAGGUGUUCAUCCAGGUGGUGCCCCUCGGCACGGACUGGGCCGCCGGCGCCUACUACGGCGAGCCCGCGGCGCGGCUCGGCCUGCGGUACGUCGGCUACAAGAUCCUCCCCGAGGAGAGCUCGCUCUCCCGCGAGUACCCCACCGGUGACCCCGUGCUCACCGACCCCGCCGGCGUCGCGCAGCGCGGCUGGGACGUGACCAAGAAAGUGUACCUGGACCGGCAGAACGUCCGGCUCGAUCUGGCGCGCUUCAGGGAGGAGCUCGUCAGGGCUCACCGGUACUUGGCCGCCGGCGGGAGGAGGAGGAGGCCAACAGCAAGUGUGUGAAUGUGUGAUCUGAUCAAUCAAUCACUUUGGCCCGGUUUGAUUAACCAACAACUCAACUUCACCUGCUGCUAUAGUUUUUACACAUUUCCCCUCUUUUUUUAUACUAACUUGACCUGACAAUUCUUUGCAUUAGUUUGCGUUUGUCCUUGUACUCGUGAUCGAUGGUCAAUUUACAGUCUGAACUUAAUGUGCAUACGUACCCAAUAAAGAAUCAGUGACAGUGAAUAUAUGAGGGGAGACAAA